UCCCCCCCCCUCCUCCUCUCAGCAUCCUCGGCUGUAGGUUAGAGCCGCAGCAGCAGCAGCAGCAGCAUCCAUGGCUUAAGCCCGAGCUCUGAUCGGCAGCUAGCCCGGCCAGGCCCCUACCCCUUCUCUCUCCUCUUUUCUGUCUCUCUAUCUCUCUCUCUCUCUCUCUCUGUUUUUCUUCUCCCUUCUGGGAUAGUUGACAAGCAUCGUCUGGGAUCGUUUGAGGCUCUCACAGUUAGCCAGGGCGUUAGCCACAUGCACACGGCUGCUCAGCUGCUGCCCAUCAAUUCUACUGUAUCUCUGUGGUAACCAGGGGCUUCGUUUCCUCUCCCCCUCCCACCACCUCCUGCUUUCAUUUCAGGCUCCUUGGAGAUAGAGGAAUGCAAAUCUGCAACCAUGAUGGAAGGAUUGAAAAAACGUACCAGGAAGGCCUUUGGGAUACGGAAGAAAGAGAAGGACAAUGACUCCACGGGGUCCCCAGACAGAGACGGGGGUGCUCAGAAGAAGACCAACGGGGCCCCUAAUGGAUUCUAUGAAGACAUCGACUGGGAGAGAUAUAAUUCCCCUGAGGUGGAUGAUGAGGGCUACAGCAUCCGACCAGAGGAGGAGUCAGAAGAGGGAGUGCCCAUCACCAAAAAGGCCCACUUCUUUUCCUCCGACGAGUCGGAAGGAGAGGAGGACCACAGGAAAAAAUUCAAAAUCAAGAUCAAGCCGCUGCCGGCCGACCAAGUCGUGUCGGUGCCCUCGGUUGACGAACUCAAAGCCUCGAUAGGCAACAUAGCCCUUUCCCCGUCUCCUCUGAGGAGUCCGAGACGUAGCCCGGGUUUAAAAAGGAACACAUCCAGCGAGGAAAUCGCCAGACCGAGGCGUCUCGUUCCAACUUUACCCACUGUGGCCCCGACCCCAGCACCAGCUCCAGCACCACAACCCCCCAGAAGUCAACCAACACCCCCGGUCUCUGAAGACACCACAGCCUUAUUUGGGCCUCCUCUGGACACAUCCUUUGGAGAACCAAAAACUGAAGUGGUUGUGUCUGAGUCGGAUGCGUGGGGGGCUUCUCUGUCAGAGCCAGAAUCCUCUUUGUCAAGAUCCUUCCCCACAGGAACUCCACCUCCUCUUCCACCUAAGAAUGUCCCUACAUCCCCACCGUCCACCAGCCCAACCUCUCCAGAUGAUGCUGAAGUGUCAACAGAAGCAGAGAGUUCUGCCAGGAAGCCUUCGAUAGCUGACCUAGACAACAUCUUUGGGCCUGAACAGGCGCCCUCUGCUGGUGAAGACACGGCCGAGUCAUGGGUCUGCUUCAGUGAAGAAUCUGCCGCUCAGCCACCUCUACCAGAGGAACCAGCGCCGCCGCUGCCAGCCUCCCCGCCUCCACCUGAAUCUCCUGCCCCGCCUUUACCUACGUCACCAUCUCCUCCAGAUGACCCCGCACCACCUCUUCCUACCUCCCCUCCUCCAAAAGAAGAACCACUUCCCCCGCUACCAAUCUCCCCACCUCCAAGAGAGGAGCCUGUUGCACCUCCCACCCGCUCAGGUCCUCCUACACCUGAGGACAAAAAUCCACCCAUAUUUGCCACUUCUCCACCCCCUGCACCACCAAAGGAUCUCGCCUCCCCUCCCGCCUCCUCUCCCCCUUCUCUUGAGUCCCCUUCCAGCGUCCCACCAGCCCCGGCUCCCAAAGCAAGAACGCCUCCAGCAGUGACGCCUCCAGCAGUGACUCCUCCAGCAGUGACUCCUCCCGCCGAGGAACCUGCGACACGCCCCCUCCCGACACCGCUUGCCCAGCCUCAGGAGGAGCAGGCCAAGAACACAGACGACACCAAAUCCAAAGAGGACGGAGGUGAAAGUCUCACCUCACCUGUCGAUGCUAACCAGGGUAGCCGGUGUACACCUCCACCACCUCCUCCCCCAACAUACCGGGCGGUAGUAUCGUCACCCGGUCCCACAGCUGGAGCUGGGGGCACAAAAAGUGGUUCAUCUUCUCCUGUCAGACCUUCCACUCCCUCUUCUGUAAACCAAACCCCACCACCUCCUCCACCUCGCCCACCUUCACGGCCCAAACUGCCUCCAGGGAAACCCACUGUAGGAGAUGCAAAUCGUCCAUUCAGUCCUCCAGUUCACUCUGCCAGCCCCCCUCCCAUCGCUCCGUUGGCGCGAGCCGAGAGCACCUCCUCCAUCUCCUCCACAAAUUCCAUGAGUGCCGCCACCACCCCGACUGUGGGCAAAGAGCUCUCCGUGUCUGUGUCAGAGAAUGACCAGCCAUCCCUUGUAUGGUUUGACAGAGGGAAGUUUUAUUUAACCUUUGAAGGCUGCUCCAGAGGGCCCAGUCCUCUCACCAUGGGGGCUCAGGACACUCUCCCCGUAGCCGCUGCGUUCACAGAGACGGUCAACGCCUUCUUUAAAGGAGCGGACCCCAGCAAGUGUGUGGUGAAGAUCAUAGGUGAGAUGGUUUUAUCGUUUCCAGCGGGAAUCACGCGGCACUUUGCCAAUAACCCGUCCCCUGCCACGCUAACCUUCAGCAUAACCAACUACAGCCGACUGGAGCAUGUGCUGCCUAACCCCCAGCUCCUCUGCUGCGACACCACCACGACAGCCAAGGCUGACUCUAAAGACUUCUGGGUGAACAUGCCAAACCUGAUAUCACAUCUAAAGAAGGUGGCAGAGCAGAAGCCACAGGCGACAUACUACAACGUGGACAUGCUCAAAUAUCAGGUUUCAGCAGAGGGGCUCCAGUCGAUUCCACUGAAUCUCGCCGUGAGCUGGAGAUGCGAGCCCACCAGCACCGACCUGAGGAUAGACUACAAAUACAACGGAGAGGCGAUGACGACACCGAUGGCACUCAACAACGUCCAGUUCCUGGUCCCUGUCGAUGGAGGGGUUUCAAAACUACAGGCAGUCUUACCUCCAGCUGCGUGGAAUGCAGAGCAUCAAAGAAUCCUCUGGAAGAUUCCAGAUAUCUCACAGAAGUCUGAAAAUGGAGGUGUGGGGUCGUUGUUAGCACGAUUCCAGCUAACAGAAGGCCCCAGUAAACCGGCUCCACUAGCCGUACAGUUCACCAGCGAGGGCAGCACGUUGUCAGGCUGUGACAUUGAACUGGCAGGACCAGGAUACCGCUUCUCCCUCGUCAAGAAGAGGUUUGCCGCAGGAAAAUACCUCGCAGACAAUUAACCGCUGCUGCUGAAAAGCGCACUGUUGAACAAAUCAAUGGCAGCGGACCGAGGUUGACCCCCGAGGACAGAGACACAAACUAACACCAGACAGACUUUCCAUUUGCCCCUCUCUGAACCCACACGGUCCACGACAGGAUCUGCAAGCCUACCCAGCAGUAUUGUAUAACUUGCAUAUAGCAUCGUGGAGCUGUCUUAGGUCACGUAAUUAUCGUAUUUGUAUUCAUUUCAUAACAUCCGUAUUGCUGCUGUCAGACACCUGGGUUCUUCCUCCCCUCUGAAGUCUGUGCCUCUGUCUCCAUCCUCCUUCUGGUCAAUGUGUGGUGGUGGUGUGUUUUUAAAAAAAAAAAAAAGUUUCACUGCAGCUGCCUGACCAAAGACGUGGACUAAACAGUGUUUGGGACAGAUUUGAACUGUGGCUGUGACAAAAAACAACAACAACCAUUGAAUAAGAUCUUAGUGGUCAGACACACAACACAACAUGUCAUACUAAAGUUAGGCUAGUUAUAGGGCGAAGGACGAGACAUAGUAAGUUUUCAACCUUCAUUAGCAGUUAAUACGGCUGUAUGAAUCAUCUUUCUGUCAGAGUCUGUCUCGCCCCGAGGCCGCCAGCGUGUGUACGCAGUAACUGAUGCAUUCUGACACAUUGUCACAAACAGCUAAAGUGAAAGAUGUUUUUAGUCUUUGCUCGUUAGCAAACAGAAACUAAUAUCUACAUAACAGAACUAGAUUCUCAUGCAUCACCUACUGGUACUACAGGGUCACAUGACUUUGGAUCUCAUCGUUUUUUAAUAGAAAAUGCACUGAUCAGUCAAUCAAACUGUAAUCUUUUUUGUUAUGUCAGGUUAUGCAGACGUGGGGGAGGGGGGGGGGAUUCUUAGCUAGUUAGGCAGCUGCAAUGAUCAAUCAAUGUACUGGUUGCAAAAGUAAGAAAAAAAAGAGUUUUCCCGUCAGAACAAAAACAAAGUGUACAAAGUGUCAUUUAAAAUCAAUAAUAUAUAUCUUAAAGGGCGUUUGGUGUUUUUCCUCGUAUUGUCAGAUAGCCUUUCUGUUGUUCCCGGGACAGCAGCGAUAGCCUCCAGAGUACAUGACAGCAUUCUAUUUUUAUUUAUUGAUGAUGACGAUUUGUUGUAUAAAAUAUGUGAUUCUGUAUACGAAUAGAAUUUGAAUGGUAUCACACGACUCAGAACCCUUAAAGGUAUAAAUAUUUGAAUUCUCUCUCUCUUUUUUUUUUUGUUAUCUGUGUAGUUGGGUAACCUGUGUACAGUAUGAGGUAUAAUUUUUUGAAUUGAUUUCAGAUAUAAUUUUUUAACUCAAGUGCAACAGAUAAGAUUUGAGCUAUAUAUAUGGGUGGGGGAGGGGUAAUUUAAAGAAAAAGAUGACUAUCUUCCUGGAUGCUGUGUUAUGCUUUGUGAAAGCAGUGUUAAUGUAGAGUUAGUUCAACCAUGGGCAAGGUUCCACUUCAAAGUGUUCGUUUGACAUUUGGGGGAAAUGGGCUUUUUCUUCUUUAUUUUUUUGGAUUUACAGAUGAUCAGUGUCACUCUUAUAUCCGUCUGCUCAGCAUCAGGCUACAGUUAGCUUAGCAUCAAGACUUAAAAACAGCUAGUGUGGCUCUGUGGAAAUGUAAAGAUAUAGUCAACAGAGGAUAAACAAACUUUAUAGUGAUCUUUAUCGAUCCUGGCAGUGUGGAUGGUCCAAACUUAGACUGACAUUAAAAUUGAUCCACAUGUUUAUGCUAGUCAUCAGGAUUGUAACGACUAUGUGGAUAUCGUAGCAUUUUAUAUUGGGCCGCCGCCAGAGAAAGUAUGUGUCCAGUAUUUUGGCCAUGUACCAAAUAUCUGCCAAUCAAAAUAUGAAAUAUUAUUUCGAUAAGCCUGUGUGAGCUUUGUUCAGAGAUGCUAGUUCACAAAUGUCAGCAUGCUAACAUGCUAAGAUGUUGAACAUAGUCAACACUAUAGCUGCUAAACAUUAGCUUGUUAGCAUUGUCACAGUGCGAUGGUUAGCAUUUGGUUAGCACUAAGCUACGCCCGGGUUCAGCCUCAAAGAGUCAGUAUUGUUUACGUUGAACAGUGCCCCCCAGUGGUCAGUCUUUAUGCUAAGCUAACGGACAUGAAGGUGGCAUCAAUCUUCUGAUUCUUAGAAAGAAAGUGAGUCAGUCCAUUUUUCCUGAAUUGUUGAUCUUUUCUUUUAAUAAAGGUCAAAACAAAGACGACGGGAGCAAACAGUUUUCUCUGAGCAUGGUACCACUGACUGCUGGAACCAGAUGUUUGCUGUAUUGUUUUUUUUUUAUAUUCAAACUUCAUUGUGAUAAAAACAAGAAAAGACAGCUGUAUUAAUCCAGCACUCUCAGUUUCCACAUCUACAUAUUAAGUCCUGACCUAUUUUCUUACCUGUUCUCCUUCCUCACCUCAGUGGUACCUAAACCCCCCUGACUAUAUCAUAACACCCCCCGAUCAUCCAACCAGUGCUUGAAUCCAUGGCUUUAUUUUGCAUAAUCGUAAUGGUCUCUGUGAGAUGACAUGAGUGUAAAGAGGUUGUGGAGCAAAGUUAAGUUGACCAAAAUGCUUCUUCUUUCUUUUUGUAUUUUACGUGUGUGUGUGUGUGUGUACCCCAGACAGUCAGUCCUCUGUUAAGGAGAAUAAGCUGAAUAUUUUUAAAACAGAUAAAAGUGAAAAAAUAUUAUAUUGUUUAAUGUGUAAAAACACUGUGCUGAUGAUGUUGAACUUCCUGAACGCUCUGACACUCAACAUGAAGAACAAGAAGUGUGUGUGUGACCUCCGUACUGUACUGUAUGUCAAAUAUUCUGCUAAAUGCAACCAAUCAUGGUCCUCCACAAGUAGGUAAAGAAAACCUUAGGCUGAAUUUAGAACAACAUGACAAUACUUCUAUUUAAUGAUAAAGUACUCUCGAUCAGACUUAGUUUUAAACAUGUGGCUUUUUGGCCAAUCUCAGAUCAGAUAGUGAUGAUGAUUGGUGCCGUUUAGCUCGCACAUUAAUUUGAUCAAAAAAAAGAUUCUCAGUCAUGUUUGUCCUUCAUUCUGUCGACCUGACGGAUCGACAUGUCUGAGAAGUAGCUGUUACCUUCCUCGUGAACCUUGUAGCUAUCAGUGCAACAGUCACUACAGCAUUAUCUGCAGAGGCCCAACAUUCCCAUCAUGCAUCUGUUUUUAAAUGACCACUACAUCACGGAUAACGUGUCUCUCUAUUUGAAAGUCGUGUUAUAGUUCAGAACUCACUCUCAGUUCAUCAGUUCUCUGGUGAUUCUUUGCAGCUAAUCUAAAAAUGGAUCAAAACUUGUACUUUCCAGAUCUUCAUCUCUGUAGUGAAUUGGUCCUGCAGUAAUUCAUUAUUGCAUGCAGAGCAUGCAGUAAACAGUGGGGCAUCUGAUGGUGAUAGAUAGUACUGAAAUGACGUGUUGUGCUGAAUGUCAGUUACCUGUAUCGUUGUGGAGAAGAGAGCGGGGAGUGUGUCUAUGUGUGCUAUAAGCCAGAAUGCUUUUUGGUUCUGUACCGUUAACCUCAAACACAUGUGCAAGCAGUUUGUACAGAACAUAACAAAGCUAAGAUGAACUGAGAAACCUAGUUUGCUUCUUUCGAAAACCAAUAAAAGUUAUAACUGGAA